CUUCGACUUCAGUUCCUCUCAACAAGAGCAAUCUCAGAUUCUUUCCCCGCAUUCUCCACGGUCUUGGCCGGAUGCCGGCACUAAACCAUCCCAUGAAACAAAUGGACUGACAUCUGACGAUGCGUUACGCAGGAUACGUCCGCGUGGACUGAUUCUGGCGGACUAUGAAAUGUCCGCGGCCAAUCCUACGUCCGCUCCGCAUACACUUGCGCGUCUACCUUGGCGAAGCGUUGGAUGAAAUGGCCGACCUACAUCCGUGGUCGGAGAAGUCCUGAGGAAUCGACGAUUACAAAAGACGGCAUGCUUCAAGAGUCUGCAUAAUUGCUUCUCACCGCAUCCUCACCACCCAACCCCCAGUCGAACCAAUCUCCUGCAUCCCCCACCAUGUCUCCUAGCGCGCUUGCUUCCAAGAAGGCGUACAGCAUCGCCUCCAUUCCUGCCGAUGGAAUUGGCCCCGAGGUUGUCGAGGCCGGUAUCGAGGUCUUGAAGGCUCUGGCCGACACGCUUCAGACCUUUGAGCUUGACUUUACUCACUACGACUGGAGCUCUGAUACCUUCAAGAAGACGGGGAAGUACAUCCCCGACAACGGUUUGGAGGAGCUUAAGAAGCACGACGCCAUCCUCUUUGGCGCCGUCGGUGCCCCUGAUGUCCCUGAUCACAUUUCUUUGUGGGGCCUUCGCCUGGCAAUUUGCCAGCCCUUCCAACAGUAUGCCAAUGUCCGGCCGACCAAGGUCCUGAAGGGCACCCAGUCACCCCUCCGCAACUGCAAGACGGGCGACCUUGACUGGGUCAUCAUCCGCGAGAACAGUGAGGGAGAGUACGCCGGUCAAGGCGGCCGCUCCCACCGCGGCCGGGCCUGGGAGACAGCUACUGAGGUUUCCAUCUUUACCCGCCAUGGAAUUACUAGGCUCAUGCGCUUUGCCUUCGAGACUGCUCAGAAGCGACCUCGCAAACUGAUCACUGUCGUUACCAAGAGCAAUGCUCAGCGAAACGGCAUGGUGCUGUGGGAUGAGGUUGCCGCUGAGGUCGCCACCGAGUUCCCUGAUGUCACAGUCGACAAGAUGCUUGUUGACGCCAUGACUACCCGAAUGGUCCUGAAGCCCGAGACUUUGGAUACCAUUGUCGCCACCAACCUGCACGCUGAUAUUCUCUCUGAUCUGGCAGCCGCCCUGGCUGGUUCCAUUGGCAUUGCCCCUACCAGCAACCUUGACCCGACGCGCGAGAACCCGUCCAUGUUCGAGCCCAUCCACGGCUCUGCCUUUGACAUCACCGGAAAGGGCGUCGCCAAUCCUGUGGCUACCUUCUGGACCGCUGCCGAGAUGAUGACUUGGCUGGGUGAGGAAGAGGCCUCGCUCAAGUUGAUGCAGUGUGUCGAGAACGUGUGCGAUGCGGGUGUUCUAUCAGCUGACCUGGGUGGUACUGCAACAACAAAGGAGGUGACGGCUGCAGUGGUGGCGGAGAUUAAGAAGACGCUUGUCAAGUCAAUCUAGACAAAGGUUCUGAAAGCGAUACAAGGAAACAUGAUAGACGUGGAGAAUUGCGCUCUUUGGAUUAUCGAGGGUAGUUAAGUGUAUAAAAUUGAUGUUCUAUGGGGUGCUUCUAGUUUCUGCUCCCUUCUUUGACACAA